AUGCUCUUGCUAUAUAAAGAAAUGAAAUGCAUAUAAGCUUGAUUAAUUGACUAAAAAACACUAUUAUCUUAAACCAUAAGCACAAUCACUAUGGCUUUGAUCUUGAAGAAUUUUUCUUUGACAGAAUUAUUAACUGCUGCAGCAGUGUUAGUAGUAAUCCUUUUCUCUAGUGCUUAUAGUUUGAACAAAGAUGAAUUCCCUUCUGACUUUGUGUUUGGUGUAUCAACUUCAGCUUACCAAUUUGAAGGUGCAGCAAAUGAAGAUGGCAGGAAACCAAGCAUAUGGGAUACCUUUGCCCAUGGUGGAAAUGCGAAUAUGUACGAGGGUGAUGGAGAUAUUGCAUGCGAUGGAUAUCACAAAUACAAGGUCAGUGUGGACAAUAAGGAACAUAUAUAUGAAGAUGUCGAACUCAUGGCCAACAUGGGCUUAGAUGCCUAUAGAUUUUCAAUAUCAUGGUCAAGACUUAUUCCGGAUGGUAAAGGACCCAUCAAUCCUAAAGGACUACAAUAUUACAACAACCUCAUAAAUGAACUGAUAAACCACGGAAUCGAAGCACAUGUUACAUUGCACCACUGGGAUCUACCACAGUCACUUGAGGAUGAGUAUGAAGGAUGGGUUAGCAAAAAAAUUGUGAAAGAUUUCACAUCAUAUGUUGAUGUGUGCUUCAGAGAAUUUGGUGAUCGAGUUAAGUAUUGGACCACGGUGAAUGAGGUCAAUGUGUAUGCAAUGUAUGGCUAUGAUAUUGGAAUGGCACCACCUCAGAGGUGUUCUCCUUCCUUUGCAGCUAACUGCUCAAGGGGAAAUUCCUCAGCUGAGCCAUAUUUGGUAGCUCAUCAUAUGUUGUUAGCACAUGCUUCAGCUGCAAGAUUGUAUAGGAAGAAAUAUAAGGGCAUGCAACAUGGAUUUAUUGGGUUUAAUCUUCUUACUUUUGGUUUUGUUCCACUAACAAAUACUAGUGAAGAUAUAGUUGCCACUCAAAGGGCCCAAGACUUCAUGAUGGGGUGGGUUCUAAAUCCAUUAACAUUUGGUGAUUAUCCUGAUAUAAUGAAAAAGAAUGCUGGAUCAAGGCUUCCUUCCUUCACAAUAAAGGAAUCAAAUCUGAUCAAGAACUCAAUUGACUUCUUAGGAAUAAACUUUUACAACUUAAUAUAUGUUAAGAACAGUCCUGCAAGCCUGAACAUGGAGGAUAGAGAUUACACGCAAGAUAUGGCAGUGGAAAUUACAGUCUUGAUAGAAAAUGAUACAUCAAUAGAUGAGUUUCCGAUUACAACCAAGAAUUUUCAAGAGGUGUUAUAUUACUUGAAGAAUGAUUAUGGAAAUUUUCCAAUUUACAUACAUGAAAAUGGCCAUAGAACAUUUCGUAAUUCAUCCUUGAAUGAUUGGUCUAGGGUGAAGUACUUGCAUAAAUACAUUGAGACCAUAGCUAAUGAAAUAAGGAGUGGAUCGAAUAUAAAAGGUUAUUUUGUAUGGUCCUUCAUGGAUGUGCUUGAAAUACUGAGUGGAUAUGAAGAAAGUUUUGGUCUAUACUACAUAGAUAUGAAGGAUCCAAACUUGAAGAGACAACCUAAGCUCUCUGCUAAAUGGUACUCAGAUUUUCUGAAAAGGAAACCUAUGGACUCAAAGAUUAUUAUGGAAAUUGAGAAUGAUGCACCUUUGCCUUCUGAGAUUUCCUUGCUAUAAUGUUGCUACCAUGUAAAUGAAUUAAGGAUAGUAGCUUUAUAUGAUAGAUUUUCAUCAAUAAAACAUUGUGUACCUGUCCUAUUAUAUGAUAAAAAUAGUAGCUUUAUUUUUCUUGCAUGUGUUUAAAUUUCUUCAUACUAAAAAUGUUUGACAAAAA